AUGACAACCUCCUCGGAUCAAGAAGUAGCACAAUUACGAGCCCAGCUUGCUGCACAGUCCCAGCUGAUCGAGCAGUUGCAACGUGACAUGCAAGAGCUUAACACCAAAUACGUAGCCGAAAUUGAACGAGCCGCCGAUUCACUUCACCAAAAAGAUGUGAUUGAAAAAGAAUUGGAAGAGCUUAGUUGUCAUCUGUUUGAGCAAGCGAAUGCUAUGGUGGCCCAAGAAAGACGAGAAAAAUGGGAGCUUGAACAUCAACUUCUCAUGUUACGCGACCGCUUCCAACCUAUCGUACACGAUCGGCACAUCAAUGCAUUCCAAACAUUUAUUCAUCAUCAGCAACAGCUGCCUUUGAAGCGUCUUGGUCAAUGCGAAUUCCUCAAGACAUGUAUUGAGCAAGACAUUGAGCCGUGCCUUGUUGGCAAAUUUGGUACCCGAUGGUCGAAACGCCUUAUAGAGCAUUUGCUAUGGCAACCAUGCUACAUUGAAAAGGCUACAACAGCACCGCCACAAUACAAUCAACCUCAUCCCAUGUCUCGAUCAUCAUCGUCACCAGGCAGCACCUUGUGGGAUCGUCUCUUGCCCUCAUCGUCAUCGUCAUCAUCAUCCAUACAUAAUAAUACUAAUAAUAAUAAUGCACGAUGUGCAGUAUGCGGACAGACAUCGGAUCCGCUUUUGUAUCGAUUUCGACUUGAGAGCGAACAAGGAUGGUUACAUAUUGAUCAGCAUUGUCGAGAUCGACUCGUAGCGGUGAGCGAGUUUUACAGCUUCAUUCGUAAGAUCCACCUUGGUCUUUUUACACGUCGCAGCAUCCAUGACUUGUAUCAUGAGAACGUUAGACUCAGACUGCAAAUGUUUUAUGCAAGGAUGGGUGCAUUGAUUGAUUUUGUGAAUAUGAGCCCACCAUCACCAUCACCAUCCUCCUCAUUAACAGCCAAUAAUGAUGCCGACGCAGCUUCACUUGAUGGAUCCGUUUCAACCGUAUCCUCAAGUAGUACAGCAGGGCUUCCACCACAUACACCUACCACACAUCAUCCAUCUACCUUGUUGACUCCACCAUCGCCUGUCAAGGAAGAACAAAUGGAUCAUCAUCAUCAUCAUCAUCCUAUGACACCACAUCAUCAUCACCUCUAA